CGAACAUAUGAAUGUAGUUUUUUUGUCGAAAUAAGCCAGUAAAGCGUCGGUGUGGUCUAAAAUGGUCGAGCUAUCGUCUCUUCUAGAAAAUUAAUAAAUAGCUUAGGUAUAUUUAACAUAAUGAAGUUAUGUUUUAGGAUAUUGUGUUUAGUGGUUAUGUUAUGUUCCAACGCUCUUGGCGUCUACAUCUCCAACUUGAACGAAGCCUGCUACCGCUGCCUCUGCCAUGUGGCUGGCUGCAACACGUCCCACACCUGCUCCGGGGGCUACUGCGGACCCUUCUACAUAUCCAGAGUGUACUGGGUGGAUGCCGGCAAGCCCACGCUACCUGACGACGAUCCCGUGAGGGAACAAGCGUUCGAAGACUGCGCGAGGGACUACCACUGUUCUUUAAAAAUAAUUGAAGGCUAUAUGGCGAAGUUUGGAAAGGACUGCAACGGCGACGGCGUGACGAACUGCUUCGACUACAUGAUGAUAAACCACCAUGGUGGAGGCGCCUGCCACUUUCCUCUGGACACAGACCCGCUCGGUCGACGCAGGCUGGCACUCUUUAACCAGUGCCGCUUCUAACAAACCUGAAACUAUAGUGC